AUGGAACAUAAACUGCAUGAAUUUUCUACACCGCCAAUAGCUUCAUCCUUUGUAAACGAUGGAAUUAAUGAAAUAUCGUCUACGGGUCGUUAUGAAGUAUGUGAAGAAAAUAUUUCUCCUUAUCAAACUUAUGGUCAAUCAUGUAAAACAUUAUCAUGCAAUUAUGCUCAUGGGCUUGUUUGCGAUAAAAACUCGAUUUGUUCAUGUCCAUCAACUAAUUCUUAUUGGUCAUACAAUCAAACAGGCUGCCGUCGUUGUCCAAAUGGUUGGUCUAUAUUGAAUGGAAAAUGUAUUUUCGUAUCAACGUUUUAUAUGAAUUGGACCGAUGCAUCUAGUUAUUGUCAAUCAUUUACUGCUCAGCUAUUAGCAUUCACAGCCAUACAAUUAUAUAAAAGUUUAACAUUAUCUCAAACAAAUACUUUAGUUUCAUCAAAUACUAAUUAUUUUAUUGGAUUAUCCAAACAACCAAGUGAUUCAGGCAAUUGGCAAUGGGCAGAUGGUAGUUCAUUACUUUUAUCGUCGAUGAAUUUGUUUUGUACGAAUGGUUCGCCAAGUCAAUUCGAUAGUAUUUUUCGUACAAAUAUGAAUUGCGGAAUGUAUCGCAUGGAUUCAUGUUUAGCUCGUUACACAUGUCAACGAGCUGAUAUUAAUUUUAUUUGUGAAAAAAGUAUGAUACUCAUUUAUAAAUCUACUUCUGUCUAA